CGACAGUGCUGAAGGAUCCUCACUGCCAUCCGUCAGUGUCAGGCUUGUUCUGUCACACUUCUCUCAAGCAAAGAUGCCGCCUCCAAACAGCACACGAAAUGGUGCGCUCAUCACUGAAACAGUGGUGGAAGAACCUGAGAGCAGGGACUCUUCUGAGCUGCCUUCUCCCGAUCUGCCCUCUCCCGGCACGGUAGCAUCAUUGUACCUGAGCAAAACUAGCUCCCGGGCAAAAACCCAACAGACGCAAUAUGUUGGAUUACGACAAAGCAAUGAAAGUAAUGUAGAUGCUUUUGGUAACUUUCAAUGGCAAGAACUUCCUGCAGCGGCAGGCACAGCGAUCCCUCCAUCUCAGGCACCAAGUCGAAAGAAUCCGGCUUUAGGGGCCUCAGGUAAAGAGCCAAACCCAUCUGGCUCGCGACGACCAUCUGUAUGGACGAGGUCAAAAUCCCUGGCUGAGAAUUAUUUCAAACCCGAUGCGUCGACUGAGCAAGGGCGCGGGCAGAGCUAUUUCAAGCCACGUACCGAAGUGACUGCAGUAGGUCUCAACACCACGAAUACUUCAGGGUCUGAAUGGCCACAAUCUGCUCCUAAUUCUGCAUUCAACUUUGGAAGAAGGAGGAGCUCCGCAGGUCUCGUGGCGCCCGACUCUUUGGCGCCUGUUAGCAGUCGAACUGAUAGCCGGAAUCAUUCCCUCCCAUCCCAGCUGAGAAGCGCAUCUGCUUCUCAAGAGACUGGACUGAAAUCCCAUCAGAACAAGCCCGAUCGACGCCGGGAAAAGCGUCUUUCCAUCACGGAAUACAUCAGGCCCAGUGUAAGUGCGGAAGGAGGUCGAAGAAACUCGGGGACAUUUCCGACAACGUCCACCAGUGCGCGAGGGUCUCAGUCGACGACAGUCUCUCGGAAGAGUGAAGAGGCUGCUGUUGACGCUAAGGUAUCUGCAAUUUCCGGCAAGCCUCCCUUCAAAUAUUCCAAUAUUUGGGCUCCGCCAGUAAAGUCCGGGUCGCCUGCACAAAGUCUUGUUGCUCGUCAUCCUUCAGCGUCCGAGGAGGCUUUGGGCCGUUCGAAAACCCGAGCAUCGAUUGCAGUCUUCGAAAAGGCUAUACCAAAGCCCGGGGUUUAUUUUCGAACACGCCGGAUCAAUGAGAAGUUCACCGAUCGGUCGUGGCUCAAGCAGAAAAAAGAUCCCCGGCAAAGAUGGUUGAGCAUGUUUCCAUUGCUGGGCAUAAUCAUGGGCUUAAUCAUUGCCGGAGUGUACAUCUUCCUUGGCGUUCGAAGCGUUCCCCAACACAAAUACUGUAUGAUAUACGAAGAUGACUUCACUUCUGGAACGUUGAACCCUGACGUAUGGACGAAAGAGGUCGAAGUGGGUGGCUUUGGAAACGGCCAGUUCGAAGAGACAACGGCGACUGAUGAGAACGUCUUCAUCAAAGACAGCAUACUCCACAUCCAGCCUACACUCCAAGAUGUCAACCUUCUCACCCACAACCAUACUCUCAACCUUACCAAAUUGGGGACCUGUACCUCGAAUCUUUGGUCCAACUGCGUGGCCGUGACCAACACCACGAACGGGACAAUCAUCAAUCCCGUGAAAUCAGGUCGUAUCAAUACCAAAAAGGGAGCAAAUUUGAAAUACGGCCGUAUUGAAGUUGUGGCCAAAAUGCCGCAGGGCGACUGGCUAUGGCCUGCGAUCUGGAUGUUACCGAAAGACUCUGUAUACGGAGUAUGGCCUCAAAGCGGAGAGAUUGAUAUUGCAGAGUCGAGAGGGAAUAACUUCACAUACCCUGAAGGUGGAGACAACGUCAUGUCUUCAGCCCUUCACUGGGGCCCGGAUAGUACCAACGACGCAUGGUGGCGGACAUAUCGCAAACAGAGCGCUUUGCACUCGACCUUCUCGGAGCAAUUCCACACAUUCGGGCUAGAAUGGAGUGAGAAGUACCUAUAUACCUACCUCGACAGUCGCUUGUUGCAGGUACUCUACAACAAGUUCAACACUCCGUUCUGGAAAAGAGGCCAAUUUCCGCUCUCCGAGGCCAAUGGCACAGCGAUUGUUGAUCCUUGGUCUCAAAGUGGUGACGCGGCUCCAUUUGAUGAAGACUUCUAUUUGAUCCUCAAUGUUGCCGUGGGAGGAACGAACGGAUGGUUCAAGGACGGCGUAAACAGUAAGCCGUGGGUAGACACGAGCACGUUGGCGAAGAGCGAAUUUUGGGCCGCAAAGGACUCGUGGUACCCAACUUGGCAGAACACGCACGGCAGUUCGUUGCAAGUCAAAAGUGUGAGGAUGUGGCAGCAACAAGGGUACAAUGGAUGUGCAGGUAAUGCGAAAAGCAUUAGCCAUAUGGCCAGUUCAUCUGUAGAAUAGUUAGCAGGAAUUGGUAUGUUAUUUCCAAGCGUGGGUGGAUGAUGGUGGGAAAGCGCCCGGAGUUGAGAUGCCUUGGGGUGGUCAUUGUAUCAUGCGCGCGUCGUCACUGCCGAGAUAAUCGUCGGGUCGUUGCACCGCAGAUGCCUGGGAUGGACAAAGGCAGAGCGCGCCUUUGACGGAUUUUGUACAGAAGGGGGUUUGCGUCAUGGCCACACAGGCAAUCAAAGAGUCAUCUCGAUUGUUCAUGAAAAGGAUGGCAUUCGGAUGUGACAGUCGCACGCACGGUGAUCUAAAACAGUACGGAGUGGUCUCGAUAAGAGUAGAUGACGGAACACAAGGACAUGAAUUGCAUUCCGAU